UCGGGCAAUCGAAGAUGGCGGGCUGCACAGGCUGAGUGGAACCGGGCGUCGGCUCGGCUUGAAUUUACAAACGCCGCAGCCUUCUCUCCCUCCUUGGAAAAUUGUCGAAACAUGGUGCUAUGGAAAGGAAUUUAUUUUGUACUUGCACUAUUUUUGGGAAGUUUUUUUGGAAGCAUCUUCAUGCUUGGUCCCCUACUGCCACUGAUGCCUAUUUCCCCAGCUUGGUAUCGCUGGCUUACUGAUCGUGUUGUGGCCACUUGGUUUACACUUCCAGUGGCCCUGCUGGAGAUAGUGUUUGGGUCAAAAGUAGUCAUAACAGGUGAUGGAUUCAUCCCCGGAGAAAGAAGUGUCAUAAUCAUGAAUCAUCGAACACGAAUGGAUUGGAUGUUUUUAUGGAGUUGUUUGCUGAGAUAUAGCUACCUCCGACUUGAAAAAAUCUGCCUCAAAUCUAGUCUCAAAGUCAUUCCGGGAUUUGGUUGGGCCAUGCAGGUUGCUGCCUUCAUUUUCAUUCAGAGGAAAUGGGAAGAAGACAAACAUCAUUUUGGAAAUAUGCUGGAUUAUUUUUGUGAUAUCCAUGAACCCCUACAGCUCCUCAUCUUUCCUGAAGGAACUGAUCUCACAGGUAAUAACCUUGAUGCUGUUCAUGACAUAACAGUGGCAUAUCCUCAAAACAUUCCACAAACUGAGAAACAUCUUCUGUGUGGAAAUUUUCCCAAGGAAAUUCAUUUUCACGUCUGCAGAUACUCUGUAGAAUCCCUGCCAACCUCUCCAGAAGACUUGCAACUCUGGUGUCAGAAGCGCUGGGAAGAAAAAGAAGAACGGCUGCGCCAGUUCUAUGAAGGCAAAAAAUACUUUGAUGUGUCGGGGAGAAGCAAAAUCCCACCCUGUAAAUCUGAGCUCAGAGUCUUGGUUGUUAAGUGCAUUUCCCUCUUGUAUUGGACAUUUUUCACACUCUUUUCGAUUGCACUGUUAUACAUGUACAACUUUGUACGAUGGUAUUUUGUGGUUGUAGUUGUCAUUUUCUCUGUGCAAGAAAAGCUGUUUGGUGGACUUGAAUUAAUAGAACUUGCAUGUCAUCAAUUUUUUAAUAGACGCAGGUUACCCAAUGUAAACAGAUAUUAAAUUUAACUGGUGUAUGUACUGUUUGGAUGGGUGUUGUUUGUGAGCACUUUUCAGAUGUGCCAUAAAUUUUUCAUAGUGGAAGGAGAUUUUGCAUGAGAAUUAAUUUUUCUUAAUGCUGUUUUGGUUAAUGCACUGUACUCUUCUUGUAAAGGACAAAAGUUCAUAUUGAAUUUUUAAUUUUUGAAUGUAUCAAUGUUCCUCUCGCAGCUAGCCUCUGCAGCCACGCUGGAAAAGCAUUUGCUGACCAAUCAAAGUUUAUAUCCAUUGAAUUGUUUAAAUACGUAGCUCUAAAUUGCUGGGCAAACUAGGGAGCUAAAAGUUAUGGACUGUGAUUCUUACAGUGCCUUGCUAUAAAUAAUGUAUGAGAUUUGAAAGUCCCAAGUUAUUACGCAAUUAAUAGUUGACUAUCUUCAUUUCUCUACCAUUAUAUAUAGAGUUAAAUAGCUGAUGCAAUUAUUGUCAUCAAAAUCAACAAAUAUUUUGAUCUACUGAAAGAAAAAACAAAACGGAUAAAUGAAGAUAGUCAGUUUUGAACUAUUAAAACUUAUUAUAUUUGGGGAAAUCCAAAAGUCAAUAAGGCUUACCUCUAAGUAAAGGUGCUAGUAAAGGUAACUGAGCUGGACCCCACUGUCCUUUUGCAAGUCCUAAAUUAUCUUCAGGAUUCCAUUCCUGUGAAUUGUUUGUCAUAUGGUGAAAUCAUAGUCCAUCUCCAAUUCAGCUUUAAGCUGCCCUGCAAACCUAACCGCUAAAUGCUCAGGCAAAGCAACGUGAAACUGGAUGAAGUAUAGAAAUUCAUUUUCCCUUUGUAUGAAAAUAGAAAUAAUGUUUAAAAUUUCCCCAUUGGAUUAUUACUAUAAGAAACGUUAAGGUUUUUCUAUUAAUGUUUGUCUUCUUUCUCAAAAUCUGAAUUAGGAGAAUACUUUUAGCAUGAAAACUGAAGAACGUUUGUGAAAUCAGUCCAUGCUUGACCAUAAGCAGCCCCCCUCCCCCCCAGCUUCUACUCCAUGUAAUGAAUUAGAUUUUGUUUUUCAAAUUUCCUAAUUGGACCCUCUUUUCUUUUUAUGGCUGAACAUCUUCCCUCCUAUUUUUUUAAUGGAAUUACGGUGAAAUCUUGAACUGGCUGCACUUCACUCAUCUUUUACACUUAACACAGCAGGCCAAGAGAUUUCUCUGAAUUUUAAUAAUACCAGAGCUAUAAGCUAUAUGUUCAACAUAUUAAAUGUCAUAGCUAUUUCCACAUCUUUUUCAAUCCCCAUC